AUCUAUAUAAAUUUAUAAAUUUUUUGUUUUUAGUGGUAUGACUAAUUUGAUAUUUGGAGUCGGUAUAGGAUUGUUCCUUAUUUUAGUUCUUUGGGCUUUAGCUCUAUUGAUAUUUAUUAUUUCUUUAAGAAUUGAAAAAAAAAUUGGUAUUUUUGCUAUACUUAUAGUUAGUAUAUGCACAAUUAUUUUAAUUACAUUGCCAAGAGCAUCAGAAAAACCUAUUAUAAAUAAUAAAAAGAUAUAUGAUCAUUUAUUUAUUUGGCGCAUUUUAUUACUCAUUUUAUUAAUAAUAUCAUCUAUAAUUGGUUUGAUGGGAUACAUUAAAUUUGUAAUAACAGAAUCUAUCAGACCAAUUCGAAUUAUUAAUUGGGUUUUCUAAAAAUUUAU